AUGUCUUCGCGACCCCGACCACCAAUACCUCGCGGGCUUACUCAUACAGAUCCUGACCAAGUACCGAUACCAGAUAAGCGCCCUGCUGGUCGACCUGAUCUGAAUCGACCUUUACCUGCGCCACCACUAUCUCUACCCAACGAUUACGAGAUUCCUUCUCUGCGUAAUAAACCGCUGCCCGAUGAUGUAUCCCAAAACCAGUUAGGACACACAAGGUCAUUGAGCCAUCCAUUCCCACUCUUCUUCGGCGGCAAGCGUUCGGAAAAGAAACCAACCCCGAGAGAUGACGAGAUUGAUUCGUCAGAGGAUGGGUCACUACAUCCAACAGGGAGUGGCUCAAAGAUUAGAAUUGCACAAAGGAACGGAAGCAAAAGAGUUGCAAGCGCAACCAAGCAACCAGCCACGGGAAAGUGUAUGACAUGUGAUUCUACUGUUCGGUGGCCACAGGAUCUGAAGGUCUUCAGGUGCUCAACUUGCUUGACCAUAAAUGACCUCGAACCACCAGACGGAUUGCGUCAAGCAGGUCAAGGUCAGACAACUGUCAAUGGAGCACACAGAAAGCCUAUGCCUGUCUCGUUGGAACGGACAAGGAAGAUGAUUGACUAUUGCAUUGAUGACUACCUGAAGCACGUCCUGGAAACUGGUGUCUCGUCUAAGCCUCGUGAACCAGUGAUGGAGACCUUCUUCCUAAGCGACGACGAGGCUCUGGAGACGACUCUGGCUGCUUCUCCUGCUGUUUUACCAGGACACGGACGUCCAACCGCCUCGAAACCCGGAUUGCGAGACAGGGUACCGUCGAAUCCCAUGCUACCCUUCUUGUCUCCAAGUCGGGGUAGGCAGGAGAACCAGGGACAAGACGUCCCACCAAGGACGCCGACACGGUCAGAUCACAAUCAACAGAAUGGGCUGCUAUCACUAUCGCACGAUGCGAACCUGCAAUACGCAGAAGCGGACAUCUUUCGUUCUGUUGAGAGUUAUCUUGCUGGUAGUCUGACUGGGUGUACAUCGCUGAACAUCUCAUUCUUUUCAAUCAAGCCAAUGCCUCAGAGGGAAGAUAAACAUCAAGUACGGCAACACAUCAGGCCGCAACCAUCCGAAACUCCUGGCACUCCGGCUUAUGAGCCAGAGGCGUUUUUGUCCGAACUUGACGCCAAAACCCUGUUGCUUGGAGACGUUGCUGAGAAUGGCUCCUGGUGGACUGGCAAGAUAGACGUGCAGGAAGAGGCCCAGACGGAAAAUACACGAGACAAAUCUCCUGAAAGAUGGAGGGGAGUAGUCAGUGCUCGGACGCCCAGAAUAAAUUGGCUUGAGCUUGCAGAGUGGUACCGACUGAUACUGCAUGCUGGCGAUGAUUGGAGACGUCGAUGGAUGUCUCUAGGAUCAACGUUGUCAAGCGAGAAUGUUGGAAAGUGGCAAUCAAUACCCAUGGAAACAUUACAUCGACACGUCAUGCAAUCGCAGAAUCAUUUACAAAGGAGCUUCCUUAAAGCUACAGAAAAUCUUCUCAAACGACCAAGACGACCUCUGAAGAGUCCUGAAGAUUGCCGCUUCCUCCUCAUGCUUCUUGCUAAUCCUUUACUCUCUUCCGUCCAUCGGGAUACGGCCAGUCGAGCAGCAAGCGAUGGUGCUGUCACUGCGACAAACGGUCAACUACCGGGCGACUCACCUGCAAGAGCUGCUCGUCCUCGCAGGAACUAUAGUGGGCUCGGUAGGCACUCGGGCAUCGUGAAGAGGAUACUAGGAUUGAUUGCUCAUCUUCCGAAUGACGUUCACCUCUACCUUGUGUCUUGGUUCUCAAGGUUGUCCGACGGUCAUUUCGCCGGAAUGGUCGACCUCGUGGGCAGCUUCGUCACCUACAGGCUCACCCGUCAAUUGAACAAACCUACACAAGAAGAAAUUGACCCGACAGAAGGACUGAUACCGAGUUUCACCGAUGGAGGUGCAAGACAUGUCUCGCAGAUGCAUGCAGCGUUGUCAGGACGAUCGAGUAACACUCAGAAGCAAAAAGAGCUUGGCAGACCUCGAUUGGCCAUCUACGGUGAAGAUUGGCAGGUGCGUGCUGCGGCUCGUGUUAUGGCUCUUUUCUUCCAGUCAAAUACUGGACAUACUGCACGUAAAAGAGACACAUCUAUCUCAGUCGAGCAAAGGGCUCGUAGUGCUGGGCUUAGCGCGAAGCAUGCUGCCUACAUGCAUGGCCAGAUGAUACCGAUCAGUAAUUUCUACAACUCCAUGCUUGAUCACGCAGAUCUUAUCGCUGACUUUGAAGCUUGGGAGAUGACAAAGACAAAAUUUACCUUCUGUCAAUAUCCAUUCUUUCUGAGUAUCUGGGCGAAGAUCCACAUUCUCGAGCAUGACGCAAAACGCCAAAUGGAGUCCAAAGCAAGAGAGGCUUUCUUCGACAGUAUCCUUAGCAGAAAAGCUGUCAGUCAAUAUCUUGUCCUCAGAGUCAGGAGAGAUUGUCUGGUUGAUGAUAGCUUGAAGAACGUUAGCGAAGCAAUUGGUCGUGGCGGUCAGGACGUCAAGAAGGGAUUGCGUAUCGAUUUCGUGGGUGAAGAGGGAGUUGACGCAGGUGGACUGCGCAAAGAAUGGUUUCUCUUGCUCGUACGGGAAAUCUUCAACCCGGCUCACGGUCUCUUUUCCUACGAUGAUGAGUCGCAGUAUUGCUACUUCAACCCUUUCUGCUUUGAGUCCUCGGAACAGUUCUUUCUGGUCGGUGUACUACUGGGGUUAGCUAUUUACAAUUCGACCAUCCUCGAUGUUGCCUUUCCGCCGUUCCUCUUCAAGAAAAUGCUUGCCUCAGCACCAUCAACCAACGACAAGCUCACAUCCACACCAAAAAUAUCUCAUCAAUACAGUUUAGAGGACUUGGCAGAGCUCAAGCCUUCUUUGGCUCGCGGACUGCGACAGUUGCUUGAAUACGAAGGAGACGUGCAAGAAACGUACUGUCGUGAUUUCCUAAUUGAGAUGGAAAGAUAUGGUGGAGUGGUACAGAUACCACUUUGUUCUGGAGGCUCGAAACGACCUGUGACGAACGCAAAUCGACGUGAGUUUGUGGAUAUGUACGUACAUUAUCUACUUGAUCAGUCGGUCGCACGACAGUAUGAACCAUUCAAACGAGGUUUCUUUACUGUCUGUGGAGGCAACGCUCUCUCACUCUUUCGACCUGAGGAAAUCGAGCUCCUGGUCCGGGGCUCUGAUGAGCCACUAGAUGUUAAUAGUCUACGGUUGGUAGCGUCGUACGAUGGUUGGCCGAAAGAGAUUCCAGCACAGGAGCAACCACAGCUAAUCUGGUUUUGGGAGUUCUUUGAACGGCUACCACCGGCAGAUCAAAGAAAGAUGCUGGGGUUCAUUACAGGCAGUGACCGUAUUCCUGCUAUGGGGGCCACAAAUCUCGUGAUCCGCAUUCAGCUGUUGCUAGACAAAGUGGCUGAAGAUAAUGGGACAGAACCUGCACGAUUUCCAAUCGCACGAACGUGUUUCAAUCUACUUGGGUUGUAUAGAUACCAGAAACGUAUAACGUUGGAGGAAAAGCUUUGGUCUGCUGUUACUAUGAGCGAGGGUUUCGGAAUGAAGUGA